CCUUAGUUCGAGUGCCCUUGAAGAUUGAAGACCUUGAGGGUGCCAGUGGCCAUUGCUGAGUGAGAAAAAACAUCUUUCAAGGGAAGUUCCAAAAAGUGAACAGCUAGAAGAAAGUUACUAGAAUGAAUGAAAAUACCCUCUGCCGCUUCCAAAGCCCAGCCUGUGUCCUCUGUCAACGAACUGAUGACUGUCCUGAAAAAUAUGGAGAAAAGAGAACUUACAAGGAAUACAAUCUCACUGUUCAUUACUACUGCUUGUUGAUGUCAAGUGGAAUUUGGCAGAGGGGUGAAGAAGAUGAAGGAGUUUAUGGGUUUUUAAUCAAAGACAUUAGGAAAGAAGUAAACAGAGCUGCAAAACUGAAAUGUAAUAUCUGUAAGAAAAAAGGUGCUUCGAUUGGAUGUGUAGCACCCAAAUGCAAACGAAGCUAUCAUUUCCCUUGUGGGGUUCAAAGGGAAUGCAUUUUCCAAUUCAUGGAACAGUUUGGGUCAUAUUGUUGGGAGCACCGGCCGGUUCAGAAACUUCCAUCUGAUGAAUCUAGAGGCUCUUCACAGUGUACAAUAUGCUUGGAAUUUGUUGAGCACUUUCCAAUGUACAAUAUACUGAAAAGUCCUUGCUGUAAAAAUGCUUGGUUUCAUAGAGACUGCUUGCAGUAUCAAGCUCUGAGUGCUGGGGUAUUUUUCUUUAGGUGCACAGUGUGCAAUAAUAAAGACAAAUUUCAGAAUGAAAUGUUGAGAAUGGGAAUACACAUUCCAGAAAAAGAUGCAUCCUGGGAACUUGAGGAGAAUGCAUAUCAAGAUCUUCUGCAGCGUUACCAACACUGUGACGCUAGAAGAUGUCUGUGCAGGAAUGGGAGAGACUAUAAUAAACCUGAUAGUAAAUGGGAAAUCAAAUGCUGUCAGUGUUGUGGUUCCCGUGGAACGCAUUUGGCCUGUUCCCCAAUACAGUCAUGGGAGGAAAACUGGGAAUGUAUAGAAUGCAGAAGUAUCUUCGCUAAGUCAGGGAAUUACCAAAAUCAGAAAAAACGCUCGUUGGCUACCUCAGAAAAAAUAGAUGUUACUGGUCGUUUGUUGGAAGAGCCCUCUCCCAAGUGCCCCAGACAGUCACCAGGAUCCCAGCACGGCUUUCUUCUCAGGUCACCAAAGAUGUUAUACAAGGAGUCAAGCUGUUCUGGCACAUUAUUAGACCUUCCAGCAUCUAAUAAGAUGGUUAUGUCCAUAUCCCCACUGAUCAAUUCUUCUUCAAGGAAUCUAUCAGUAAGAAGAAUGCAACUAAGAAUACAAAAACGAGAAGCUUCUAAUAUAUUGAGGGAAUUAAAGUUACAGGUUAAUAAUACAAAAACUACAAGACUGAACAUCAACAGAGACAAUAUCUGGAGUAGUGCCUUGAAAGGAUUCAGAGGGCGAAACUUCAAUCCUGCAAACACUAUGGAAGUGAAGUUCACAAAUUGCAAGAGUAGAGUAGAGACAGAUGCUUUCCAUGGAUCAAAACAUGAGUUUUUCCGAUUAUUAAUGCUUCAUCUUCAGAACUCAUCACUAUUUGAGGGCUCUUCCUCAAAGAACUUAUCUCUUGAUUCUCAAGCUAUAAAAGAGAAUUUAUACUAUGAAGCUGGCAAAAUGAUUGCAGUUUCUUUGGUUCAUGGUGGUGUACCUCCCAGUUUCUUUUCCAAAACUCUGUUUAACUGUCUUGCUUAUGGACCAGAGAAUGUGAAACCAACAGUGGAAGAUGUUGCAGAUUUUGAUGUAGCACAAACAAUAAAAAUGAUAAAAUCAUCAAGAACUCUGGCCAUCUUAAAAUCUACAAUAAGUGACCGCUAUGAAUAUCUUACUAUUGCUGGAUGUUUAAGACCUAUGACAACUCUAUGUGAUAAGGAUAUGUUGGUGAACGACGUACUGCUCUAUCAUGUAAUUAAGCGAGUUCAUUCACCUUUUGAAAGCUUUAGGCAAGGUUUGAAAACUCUUGGUGUAUUGGAAAAAAUACAGAUGCAUCCUGAUGCAUUCUCUAGCAUAUUGUGUCACAAACCCGAGAGACUUUCAGCAAGAAUUCUUGGUGAUCUCUUUACAAUCCACUGUUUAUCAGGUGUAAACAAAGUCAAAGGUGUUGAUUUCUGGAUGGGUUAUUUACAAGAUGUGGAAGGUGGUGAGUCUGCAGCAACACUGGAAGACAUUCUGGUCUUUGCAACUGGUACCAGUUCUAUCCCACCCAUUGGUUUUGAGCCUGACCCCUCAGUUAAAUUUCUGCCUAUAAAAUACCCUGUUGGAAACAGACAACUUAACUGCGUAGAACUUCCAAUAACAAAGACAUAUGAGCAGUUUAAAAACAAAAUGGACUUUGCUAUCAGCAGUGCACUAAGACUAGAAGUAGAAUAAAUUUUUUUUGUUACUAAAGUCGAUGUCGCAAAUUCAGUUUUUCUGUUUGUGGGAUGUUCCUUCUUGUGAGCUGCUAUUACAUUUCUGAGCAUUGAUACCCUCUUUUCCCAUCUCAGUUUUCCCACACUGGUUUACAAAAAUUGCUUUUGUUGUGUGUCCAUAAUAUUGCUCUAGUUUGGAACUUACCAGAUAGUUUAAGCCCAAAUAGGAUUUUUGUAAUUGGUCAUUUUAAGUUACAAAGCUGUUUUAAAAAGUUGUAUUGGUUUAAUGCAUAUGCUCACAAAUCAAACUUGUUGGCAAAAAAAAUAAAUGGACACGUCACUAGAUCAAUAGGCUAAAAAUACAUUUAAAUUUGGAAAGUCAGUAGUUCGUGUACUUGUGUGCUGAACUUUUGAAGAUUAUACUACAAGAUAUAGAAAUUAAAAUUGAUAUAAAGACAUUUUCAGGCUAAAAUUGGGUAUGUAAUAUUUUUAAUAUCUCUUGAAUCGUGUUCUUGUUGAAAUCAGAUUUUGCCCUUGACUUCAAGGGGAACUGACAGCAUAACACUUAAAAACUGCCAAUUUUGCUAUAGAUAAAUAUGCAAGUUUAUAAGUAUUUUCAGCACACUGUGCCCUAUCAGUAGGUAUAGGUAAUGCUCUACACAUGGAGGUAACAUGAUUUAUCGAAGUCAAAGCAGGCACAUUUUUAAGGGUGGUCAACUCUAGAUUUUUAUAAUGUCUUUGAAACAGGCUAUUACGUUGUGUCCUUGGAAAAAUCAACCACAGUUCAGAACUAAAUUUGCUUUCACUCUAAAUUUCUUGAUUCUUUGGGAUUUAAAUAAAAUCUUUGUCAUUUGCACAUGGAUUUUUAUAUAUCAGUGUUACACUAUAAAUUGUUAUACAGAGUCAAAGGAAUAAAUAAAAUUCAGGAGUAAAAGAUCUGAAAGUGUGACUCUAAUAAGUGUUUUAAAAACUAAACACGAAAUUGUUAGCCUUACAGCUAUUUCUACAGUUUAUUCCCACUAUGCUAGUUAGAACAAGAUGUUCACAUUUUACUUAAACUGAAUUCAGAGUAAUUUUGAUAAUAGCUUGCACCAUAAUUUCUUAUUAUCAUUUAUCCUGAUCCUUGUCCCAAAAUUCUGUUGCAAUCAAGGUCCAGCACUUCCUUUUUAUGCCCUUAUGCUAAACACCAUUUCAUUCUCAACUGUUACUGCCUUUUGAACAGCAUCAGCUACAGUAGGUACAUUUAACAAACUUAAUAUUUGCAAUUCUACAGUAAUUAUGGUACCAUUUGCUUCUCAAAGAUACCGCAGUGGCCAUGGAUAUCUGGAUCAAUUAAUGUUUAGUUUUUAUUGAGAUGCACUGUAGCUCAUUCAUAAUUAAGGUAGUACAGGAAACAUUUUGAUGUUAUUAAUUUUAAAGAUUUUUUUUAAUUUAGAGGGGGAUGGAGAUGAGUUACUUGAUGAUGUAUCUAUACAGAAAUCUCCUAUUGGAGAGAAAUAAGAUUGUAUACUUUGAUUUUUUUACACUUUUGAUAUUUCUCUUAAAAGCUGUUUUGUUAGUAUUCAAUUGUAGAUUGAGCUUAUUCUUAUUCGAUUGCUCUUUGUUACUUAACUAGAUUAAUAGGAAAAAAUCACAGCUAUCUACUCUAUAUCUCAAACAAAGGCCAUCUUAUUUAUAAUUCCACAUGGACUCUUAACUAUUCAGAUUCCUUGAAAGAUUAAAAAAAUAAAAUAUUAGCCACUUAGAAGCAAGUUUACUAAUAGAUUACAGGCAAGAUUCACCACUUUGUGUUUAAAGACAAACUAACUAAAACCCAAUCCCCCUACAUCCUCCUCCCUCCCUCCCCCCCGCCCCCCAAAAAAUCCUGCACAAAUACUCAUAUAGUCCAAAGGAACUCUUUGUGGGAAAGAAACUCCUGUUAGUGAUGCAAUGGAUGGAUAGAUUUUAAAGAAAUCUCAGCUAAUGCAGUUUUUUCAAACUGACUGGAGAUUUUUUUCUUUUUUUUUUUUUUCUUUUUUUAAUGAUUAGUUGCAUGCUUUCUCUAUUUUCAGUUACUAAACUGCAUUCAGAUGUAUAAAAAUGUAUAAUACUUCGUAACUCUCUUUAGUUCAUGUACACUAUUGUAGCUGCCACUGGAAUGUUCUGCAAGUAUGAAUGGAAUUUGAGGUGGUCCAUGAGACACUCUGUUAAAAUUUGGCACAUUAUGAAAAACUUUGAGAAUUCUCAGAUUCAGGCUCAGAUUGUCUUAUUUAAACAUUUAAGAUAGCUGAAAAGUAUUUUAAUGACUGGUACAAUUUAUCUGUUAAGCCAUAAAAAAAACUUUUCUCUGGAUUUUUGCAACUACUACAGUGCUUUUUUCAAGCAUUUCUCCCUGAAUUGUCUUUUUCCAUUGUUCAAACUACAAACCAUAUCUGUCAGGAAAUGUCUGGAGAGUGUGUAGUUUUUAAUUUUACAUCUCAGAAUCUCUGAAAAUGUCUGAAGUAUAGACAUUUAUUUGUAUUUUUCCACGCCAUUAUUUCUUUAACUACUUUGAAAGUAGUCUCCCUUUCUUCAACAUUUAAAACGCAUAAUGAGGUAGGUCAGGAUCUUACUCUGGUUGUGGGCCAAAAGGCUGGUAGACUCUCUUUUUGAAACAAAACUGAUUGUAUCUCCGAGUUCCACUGACUAGUUAUUAGAAAAUGUUAUUCCAUUUGUUCUGCUAUUGUACACGCAAUGUUCUUGAUUUUAAUUCUCGUGUUUUCUCAAGAAACUGUUCCAUGUGUUCUUUCUGUCCAUUAUUCUGAGGAUCUCCGCUCUGGAGAUACUUUUUAUACUAUUGCUUGACUUCAGAAAUGUCUACUACCAUUAUAAUGAAGGCCCAUGUGCUCUGGUAAGUCUUACCUAACUUUCAUGGCAAAGGUUUCUGUUUUCUGUGGUGCUCCACUGCUCAGAAUUCUGCAGCAGACUCAUAUACUUACGUUGAACUAAAUGAGAAAAUUAAUGCAGCAGCUAGUGCAACAUUCUUUGUUAAUUUGUUGCUUAAUUUGAGGUUUCACUUAUUUUGUGGUGUGCUGCAUAUUUUUUUGACUAGAAGCAUGUAACUUGUGGAUGUAAUGUGCGGGAGAGCUGGUGGUUUUGGCAAAAGAACAACUGUUGGGCCUUAGGCACUUCAGAAGGCACAGGAAGAGUAAAAUCAAUGUUGACAUUUAAAUGUUAGAUUUUGGAGUUGACCUCAAAUUGAGAUGAAUGGAAACAGUACACAUCUGACCUUUUUGGGUGCUAUUGUUUCAACUUUUCUGCUGAUUUAAGACAACAGUUAAUUUGUUUAUUUCUGGGGAACGUUUAGAAGACUAUCUUGACAACUAAAAAAACAAGACAUUUUCAUUAUGGUUUAAAUUUAGAUUCUGCUGCACAAUUGUGUGGCAAAAGGUGGAAUCUUUAGAGAAUUCUACAACUUUAGAAUACUCAGGGCCCUGAAUAUAGCUUUGAAAGAUCUUAACUUCUUUAGUUUUGAAAGUCUCAUAGUGGUUUGUGUUCUCAUUCCUGGACUAUAACUUUGCAAAGUUGGUAAAGAAUAUCUCCUUUCUUGUAGCAUGUGUUUUGCUUCAGUUAGGCAUUCUAAACUAAAUUAAUCCUUGCUGCAACUCCAGUAUCAUCCUGAGAACUAAAACAGAGAUUAAUUUGGCCCUUACUGCUUAUUUCUCAGCAUCUGUCAUGGACAUAACAUUCUUACAUUGUUUGUAAUUUUCAAUGUCAUUCCUCCUCAUAUUCUCAAAAUAUAAGUAGCUUUACUAUAUUUAG